GGCACGAUGGGGCCACUCCCCCUAGGUCAGUCUUUCCAACUCCUAAGGCUGUCAGGAAAGGUGACAGCUGUAGUUCCUGGUAAACAAGGAAUGGAGGAUAAAAGGUGAGAGAGACACCAGCCUCAAAAAGUCAAAGGAAGGAGGCAUGGGAAGGAAUCAAACUGCUCCCCUAGGAGCCUACACCAUCAGAGAGCUCUGGCAGGUGUCAUUGAUAGGAAGACUGUUUCCUCACCCCCUGGGGUAGUCUGUUAAGAAUGGAGGGACCAAGAUUCUCCCAGACACCUUCAUGAGCAAAACUGUCUGCUGUAGUUAGCGCUUUGCCACCUCAGAGGUGAAUGAGUUGAAAGCAGGCUGGAGAUGACCUCCAGUUCCACCAGUUCCCUAGUGGUGAGGCCUUAUGGAUGGAGAGAAGCUGUUCCUGCCAGGGCCCGACCACAGGAUUGAAGCCUGGGGUGGGGGCAGGAGGAUGUGGUGGAUGAUGUUGCUAUGGCAGCACUUCCUCCCUGUGUUGUCAUCACUUGCUCUAAUGGCACUAAGGAGGUAGAGCGGAAGGUGUGUGGGGGGAAGACAGGAACAGGAACAUGGGGAGGAGAGGAGACCGAGAAGAGUCUUGGGGACUUCUCUGCAACUCCACUGUGCAGAACAUGCUGGUGGGCUUGUUGCUCAUUGGAGUGGCUGCUUGGGUUUGGAAUCUCUUGCUCAUGUCUGGCUAUUAACAGAAGCAAACAGACAGAUGUCAUCAAUGCUUCCUGGUGGGUCAUGAGCAACAAGACCCGGGAUGAACUGGAAAGAAGUUUUGAUUGUUGUGGCUUGUUCAACCUCACAACCCUGUAUCAACAAGAUUAUGCUUUCUGCACUGCAAUCUGCAAGAGCCAAAGCCCCACAUGCCAGAUGUGUGGAGAAAAGUUUCUUAAGCAUUCAGAUGAAGCUCUGAAAAUCCUGGGGGGUGUUGGACUCUUCUUCAGCUUUACAGAGAUUCUUGGUGUUUGGCUAGCAAUGAGAUUUCGGAAUCAGAAGGAUCCACGAGCCAACCCCAGUGCCUUUCUAUGAGACUUUGGAUCCUUCUGACUUUUCUCCAGCUCACCACUCUCCCUAAGCUUUUUCUUCCUCCCUUAGGGAAAACCUAGGGUCUAUAGCCCUUCUUGAUUGAGAAAAAGGAAAGACCCUUUGCCACAUCCCUUAAAGCUGGCUGAACAGCUAGGCUUUAAGUCUUGACAUGUUUUAGUGGGAGUAAGAUUGUAGACACUAGAACAAAAACCUUCCCCUUCUCUCCCUAAGUGGAUACAGGGAGCUUCUGAGGGUGCAUGUGAUGGGAUGGAACAGGGCCUGGAGUCAUUCCUGGCCCUCUUUCCCCUUCCAUGCGUUAGACCACCUCCUCACAUCCUUUCCUGGCUCCAAGGGUAAAUCAGGGACAGAGUCAGACAGAAAACCAUCAAGAACUCAUUCUUGUAAUAAGCAGGACGCAGUUUGGGAUUGUUAAGCCACUUAACACCUAUUCAAAGAAGCAACUUAAGUUCCUUUCUUCUCUUUGCCAACCAAGGGGCUCCAGUGACUGCUUAGGCCCUGUGACUUACAGAGCAUGUCUUUGAGAUUCUGCAAGGAAGUUCCUUCUUUCAAGUGGUUUUUCCAAAUCCCCAAUGGCAAAACCAAUCAGAGGAAGAAACAUUAAAAAAAGACCAUAUUUCUUUGUUUUGUUUGUUUUUUUUUUCCUGUAUAAAAAUGAACCCCAGUAUCAAGGUAGGGAAGAGAGGAAGAGGGGACACAAUCCUUGGUACAGGGAAACGGGGGGCCGGAGAAGGAUAUGUCUCAAAAGGAGGAGUGGGAGAGGAACGUCAUUAAGGCAGCAAAAUAUUCUCUGUAAAAAGUUGGGGGAGGGUUUCCACGCCUCAGAGAUGAAGGCAGAGGAGAAGGCAGAGAUUGCUUUCUUAGUGGGGGGUCUCUCCACUCAAGUGUCCAAAGAAGGGGAAUGACAGCUUUUUUUUUUUUUUCUCUUGGUCCUUUUGCAGCCACUCCAUUGCUCACUCUGGAUUACCAUCUCCUUUUUGUAGAUAAGAGUGCUGCAGGGCUCGGAAGGCAGAGAUUCGCUUGUGUGGGUUAAAAGUCAGCAUUUCCUGAGGGGGAAAGAAGGCAAAGGUCAAGAAACCAUGGAAAAACAAAACACACAAAAAAAGACUUCUGCCCUCUCCAACAAUACUUAGGAUGGACUCUAUUUUCUAAAUUCCUCUCCUGUGGAUGGCCAUUCAAACCAGUAAUAAAACUGCAGCCUAUCCAUCAA